AUGACUGAAAUUGAAAUGCUCCGUAAUGCCCUCGGUAUUAUCCAGAGUCUUUACAAUUUCUUACACGGGAGUACCAAGCGCCAUGCGUUAUUCAAGGACAUUGAAGUUCAUGAAGAGGAUGUUGCGCUUACAUUAAAAUCUUUGAGUACCACUAGAUGGUCCUGUCGCUGGGCGGCGGUGAGGGCCGUGCUAGAGCAAGUGCCGAGGAUAAUGGAAGCCCUGUUCACUUUAUCAAAGGAUCGCGAUCCUAAGACCUACAACGAAAGUAAUUCGCUUCUCCAUUCAAUUUGUGACUUUGAGUUGUUUAUGGCUUGAUGGUUUUGAAGCUCAUCUUAUCCAACACUGAUAAUUUGAGUAGAUAUCUACAGGGAGAACAGACGAAUAUCAUCACUGCCAAGAAGACUGCUGAUGCUGUCGUUAAGACACUGAGCAAUUGUCGCAAUGAAGAGAGCUUCACUCAGAUGUCGUCACAUGCUGAUGUUAUAGCGCAAAAAAAUCAGAAUAGGAAUCGAGGGUACGAAAUUUACCUUGGGAGACGCCAAGGUGCCUCGAACCAGACCAUCACGCCGACUUCAGGGCCUUACUGGCGAGACACCUGCUGCAGCGAACGACAGCUCACAACAGACGGCAAAAGACCACUUUCGUAUUACAGUUUAGUACACAAGUAUUGA